UUUUGACAUGGAUACAGCGCAUUAGUAGAGAAGAGAAGAGAAGAAGCAAAAAAGGGGAAAGUGAAAUGCAACAAAGCAAAGCAACUUUACUUUACCCAGUUGCACUCUCACUUCACUUUAUCAUUGUGACAACACCAACCUAAGACCAAACAAUGUAAGUUGUUGUUCUUCAUCUUUCUCUUCUGUUCUGUCUUUUGUGUUCAUCUCAUGUUUUCACUCUAAUCUUCAAAUUCAUGCCCCCAAGUUCCUCUCUUUCAUCUUCUGUUGCUUCAAACUCUUCUUUCCCUUCCUCAAAAUUGCACCUUUACUCUCAUGGUCAUGAGACACACCAUGCUCUUCACACUCCUAUGUCUGAUUCUUCUAUGUGCAAUCCCUUCUCAAUCAAUUGAUGUUCUCCCACAAGACAGAGAUUCACUUUUGAUGUUCAAGUCAUGGCUGCAAGACCCUAACCAGAGUUUGUCCAACUGGGUAGGCUCCAACUGCACUUCAUGGAGUGGAAUCACCUGCGACAACAGAACUGGUAGGGUACUUUCAAUCAACCUAACUGGUAUGAACUUGUCAGGCCAAAUCCACCCUAGUUUAUGCCAACUUUCAAAUCUUAACAAGGUGGGUUUGUCCCACAACAACUUGGCAUCCACUCUUCCUGUUUGUUUUGGGAACUUGGUUAACCUUGGAGCCAUUGAUCUCAGCCACAACAGGUUUCAUGGUGGAAUACCUGACUCUUUCAUGAGGCUUAGGCACCUUACUGAGCUUGUUUUGAAUGGGAACCCUGGUUUGGGGGGUCCACUGCCUCUUUGGAUUGGUAACUUCUCUGCAAAUCUUGAAAGGUUACAUCUUGGUUUCUGUUCAUUCAGUGGAGGUAUACCUGAGAGUUUGCUUCACUUGAAGUCACUCAAGUAUUUGGACCUUGAAAACAAUCUCUUGUCUGGUAACCUGGAUGAUUUUCACCAGCCUUUGGUUUUUCUCAAUCUUGCUUCUAAUCAGUUUACUGGUACCUUGCCUUGCUUUGCAGCUUCAGUUCAGUCUCUAACUGUGUUAAAUCUAUCUAACAAUUCUAUUGUGGGGGGUCUACCUGCUUGUAUUGCUUCCUUUGAAGCUUUGACUCAUUUAAACCUAUCAAGGAAUCACUUGAAGUAUAGAAUAUAUCCUAGGCUUGUGUUCUCAGAGAAACUACUUGUUUUGGACUUGAGUAAUAAUGAUUUGUCUGGUCCUAUUCCUAGUAAAAUUGCCGAGACUACAGAGAAACUUGGCCUUGUUCUUCUUGAUCUUUCUCACAAUCAAUUUUCUGGUGAAAUUCCUGUGAAAAUUACUGAGUUGAAAAGCUUGCAGGCCUUGUUCCUUUCUCACAAUCUUCUUUCUGGAGAAAUUCCUGCUAGAAUUGGAAAUUUGACUUAUCUUCAAGUCAUUGAUCUCUCACACAAUUCUCUGUCUGGUACCAUUCCAUUCAGUAUUGUUGGGUGCUUUCAGCUGUAUGCCCUAAUACUUAACAACAACAAUCUUUCUGGUGUAAUUCAACCUGAGUUUGAUGCAUUGGAUAUCUUGAGGAUACUGGAUAUAAGCAACAACAGGUUUUCUGGGGCUAUCCCACUCACUUUGGCUGGAUGUAAAUCUCUGGAGAUUGUAGAUUUUAGUUCCAAUGAGCUUUCUGGAUCCUUGAAUGAUGCAAUAACCAAAUGGACAAACCUCAGGUAUCUUUCUCUUGCUCAGAACAAGUUCAGUGGAACUUUGCCUAGUUGGUUGUUCACAUUUGAGGCAAUAGAGAUGAUGGAUUUCUCACACAACAAGUUUUCUGGCUUCAUACCUGAUAUUAAUUUUAAGGGUGGCUUAAUAUUCAACGCAAGGAAUGUCACUGUUGAAGAGCCAUUGGCUGCAGCCAGAAAGGUUCAACUGAGAGUUUCAGCGGUUGUUUCUGAUAGCAAUCAGCUCAGUUUCACUUAUGAUCUCUCCUCAAUGGUUGGAAUCGAUCUAUCCAGCAACUUGCUUCAUGGGGAGAUUCCAAGGGGUUUAUUUGGCCUAGCUGGCCUAGAAUAUCUGAAUUUGUCAUGCAACUUUAUCGAUGGACAGCUUCCCAGUUUGCAAAAAAUGCAGAGUUUGAAAGCCUUAGAUUUGUCACAUAAUUCCUUGUCAGGACAUAUCCCAGGAAACAUUUCUAGCCUUCAAGAUCUUUCCAUUUUGAAUCUGUCUUACAACUGUUUUUCUGGAUAUGUUUCCCAGAAGCAGGGGUAUGGGAGAUUUCCUGGUGCAUUUGCAGGAAAUCCAGAUUUGUGCAUGGAAUCUUCCAGUGGAGUAUGUGAUGAUGGAAAGAGUCCAUCUGUCCCUGGAAGUUCUUUUAGGGAAGAUAGGAUGAAGGGACCAAUAUCUCUGGGCAUUUUCUUUAUCAGUGCCUUUGUUAGUUUUGAUCUUGGUGUUGUUGUUCUCUUCUGUUCCACACGCACAAGAAAUUACAUUCUCCAAACAAAAGUUUGAUUUGAUGCUUGUGACAAUGACAAAUAUUCUCCUGUAAAUUCCAUUUUGUAAUUUGGUAGGUGUCUUCUCAUUUUCAAGUGAUGAUACACUUUCUAUUACUGGCCAUCAACUUCAUAGGUGAUCUAUUUCCCACUUAGUCCUUUUCACUCAUUUGCUGAGUAAGUGUUCCACAAUGAUAGAAUCAAGAUGCCAUCACGAGUCAUGAGUCACAACAGGUUUUAACAAUACUCAUGACCCUGGCCAAGACAAAGUCCAACAUCAUUCAACCAGGGAGAUGAAUGGAUGGUUAUGGUGAAAUUUUGAUCUGAGUGAAGACAAGUCCUGUAUCAUUCUACUGGUUCUCUUUUGCUGGAACUUGGUUGCAUAAGUUCAGCAGGGAACAUGCCUGAUAUUUGGUCUAGUUAUGGUGAAAUUUUGAUGUUGGGCAUCAAAUUGCGGAUUUGCUUGCAUGUUUAUGUCAUGUAUGAUGUAUCAUUCUAGAUUAACCUGGCUCUUUUCUGAGGCGAGGAACCAAAAUUUUCCCCUUAGUCUUGUUUACCUUAGACUGCGAAUUGAUUAGGUAUAGUGAGGAGUGAUAAGUGCUUGAAUGGGGUUGGUUCUCAAAAAUCUAAUAUUUUUGUUACAGUCUUCAAACCUUCAGCUUAGUCUGGUGAUUUUAAAUGAUAUUCUUGUUGUUAAGAGACGAACAUAUUAGCUAGAAAUAAAGUUAGAAUACUCUUUAUAAGGGCUUGUGUAAUUUUCUUGUGAGUUAGUUUUAAGAAUUGGUUAGACUUUUAUUAUUAAUUUGUUUAUUGUCAUUUUGUGUAAGUCAUUUUUUCAAUAUCUUUAUUAUUUAUUUGAUCAUCCAAUAACAAAAGAAG